AUGGAAAUAUUUCUGGUGCAUGAUAAUAGUAAGGUCAAUCGUAAUCUUCGAGAAGUAGUGUACAAUUUGUCUGAUCACAAUGCAAACUGCUCCUGCAAAAUGUUCCAGGCUGAAGGAAUACCUUGUAGACACAUACUUUGUGUUGUAAAGGGAAAAAAUUUGAAUGAAAAACCAAGUAAGUACAUAUUGAAUAGGUGGACUAAGUUUGCAAAUAAAAAACUUGUGUUUGACAUAGGUGAUAUUGUCUAUGAAAAGGCUGGGCAAGGUGGACUCGUUUCAAAUGUCUGGGAUAAGUUAUUUAGGUGUGUGGAGAAGGCUGGGCAAGAUAAAGAAAAGCUGCUUAUUGUGUUAAAUGGGGCUGUUAUAAUGGAAAAAGAGUUGGAUGAGUUUGAAGGGAGUUCUAAGCAAACCAAGACAAAUGAUUUGGAAACUUACAUCAGAACAAAUAUUCCUGAGAAAGUAGAAAUUCUUCCACCACAGUUUGCAAAGACUAAAGGCAGUGGUAAAAGAAUCAAAAGUGGCAAAGAGAAGGUUGUCGAACAACAACAAAAAAGAACGAGACUUUGCAAGGCAUGUGGUGAAUAUGCGCAUCAUGACAGCCGCAAUUGUCCUAACAAAUAA